AUGACAAAUGAAGGGUUAAUAGGAGACUGGCAGCGUGUGAGCAAUAACUUAACGAGAGACGACCAACCGAAGGACCAACCGAACGACCAACCGAUCGACGAACCGGACGACCAACCGAUCGACGAACCGGACGACCAACCGGACGACCAACCAGAUGACCAACCGGACGACCAACCAGACGACCAACCGGACGACCAACCGGACGACCAACAGAACGACCAACCGAUCGACGAACUGGACGACCAUCCGGACGACCAACCGGACGACCAAUCGGACGACCAAUCGGACGACCAACCAGAUGACCAACCGAAGGACCAACCGAACGACCAACCGGACGACCAACCGGACGACCAACAGAACUACCAACCGAUCGACGAACCAGACGACCAACCGGACGACCAACCGAACAACCAACCGAACGACCGACCGAACGAUCAACCGGACGACUAA